UGAGGUCUCCCUGCCUUUUGUUUGUGACUGUGGAGCUGCACUUGAGGAGCCUGUGAGGAGCGAAUUGUGGAAUAUCAUGAAGUGAAUCCCAGCAUCCAACACCUCAGACACGUCCAUGGACUUCACCUUCAUGUGCUGCUUGGAGAUCCAGAGCUUCAGUUUUAUCAUUGGUGACCUUCAGAGCAGGCGUGACAGUGUGGCACUUUGACAACUCCAGCCGGAUACUGAAUUUGAACAUUAGUAGUACGUGAGGUGACUUUCAAAUGAUCGCUUAGUAGAAAUGUUAUAAUAACUGUGGACUUUUAUAUGUAGUGCCAUAUUUUGCUCAGCUGUUAUAGAUAAAUGAUAUGCGCUAAAUACAACAGAAUUAGAAGAUACGUGUGUGUUUCUGCACUAAUACUUGUCUGCAAAUUUAACACUUCAAUGAUGAUAUGAGCAUCAGGACACAGGAGGGCAGCUCAUCAGAGCCACAUGACCUUACUGGUGACAAGUGACGACUUCAGUUCUUGAUGCCUCUCAGAUGGCAUUCACUACAAUGACAGUCUACAGGAAGGUCACAUCUUCUGUUUUACAUCACGACUGAAUCGGCUCAUGUUGUUUGUUCAUUAAUUUAAAUCUAAGAUGUGUUUGUGUUAAGUGAGAAGACAUCAAUCGUCUUUUGGUGUAAAGCUUCACUCCAGGAGGUCUUCUAUUCUGACGUCCCUCAAGCCCACCUGCUCUUCCGCUCUGCUCUUCUACUCUGUAGACAUUUCUAGAUGUUUUAAUGUCCACUUGGUGGCCAAUGCCGUCCACUUCCUGCUCAGUCAUCACAUCUCCAGCACGUCAGCCAUUUCUAACUCACAAAGACUAAUCUCUCGGUCACAAUGGACGUCAGACUUGUUGUGAUUCUCCCCAUCUUUAUAACAUGUGUUGUCCCCAGGCUCAUCUCUCCAGGGUCCCCAGAAGUGAUUGAAUGUGACCUGAGAAACGCCAGUGUGGUCAUCUGGUACCGGCAGUACCCUGGGCAGCCCCCGGUGGCUUUAGGGUUCUAUGACAACAACUCAGUUCUUUCACCAAUAAUGUUUAUUGACUAUUUUAAUGGAGUCUUUUCUUAUUCCAAUGAGAGUGUGACUUUAACAUUUAAAAAUGUCACCAAAAGUGACGCUGCAACUUAUUAUUGUGUGAAGAAGGAGAGUCAGAGGUCCGUGUUUGGGAAUGGAGUCACGCUGACUUACGAGGAGACGUACAAUGUGACGUUGUAUAAAUACUCCACCAUUGCACUAGCUGGGACUUUGGGCCUCGUGGUGCUGGUUGCUUUCUAUUUGAAAAUCAAAGAUCUCAUUUUCUCUCCAGUCCCACAGGACCAGCAGACUCAAGAGAAUGACACACAAUAUGCAGCUUUAGAUUUUAAAACAAAGCAAAAGAAUAAAAAAAGAAAGAAUAAAAUAAUGACAGCAACAAACUUUGAAACAGAAUAUGCGGACAUCGUUCAACGGGGCACCAGAGCUGUGUGAAGAGACUGUCAGGCGAGGCGUUGGCAUUUUGUUCAGAGUUUGUGAGGAAUUUGUCAAGUUUUCUCAUUUGUGUUAUCUCUGUAAUAUUAAAAUUUAAUAUGAAAUAAAAUGGAAUAUAAAGUGUAUAAACAGUAUGUAUAAUACAAGAAUACGCCGUACUGAGGGCAGAGUGUGAGCGUGUCGAUUGGCUCUUUUUAUUUAGCCCUGAAUUACAAGAUGGCUGUGUGGAUUGUGUUUUACUCUUUUCUUGUUUUAGUCGUUGAUCUCAGCUGCCUCACCUGCUCUCAGCUUACGUUUUGUCAGUCGUGUCUCUUUGUCUUUGUCCUUUCCCCCAUUUUGAUCAUUUAGGCUCUCAGGUGUUGUCCUAACUGAGUCAGCA